AGGGCCAAAAAUCAUUCAUCCCUAAAGUAAAAAAAGACCCAAGACCUUGAAUUUGAUAUACCACCAUAACAAGCAAGAAGAAGUUAACACAGUUGCGCACUGUGAGAGAAUGGGGGUCGAAGAAAUACCAACUGCGACAGAGGAACAAACGAACCCUGAGAACCCACCAAAUGAUGACGACACCGAGGAAGGCGAGAUCGUCGGAGAGGAGGACUCGUCGAUCAAGAAAUCAGCUGAAAUUCCCCUCCAGCAGCACCCGCUCGAGCACUCUUGGACUUUCUGGUUUGAUAAUCUCUCUGCAAAGUCGAAGCAGGCCGCCUGGGGUAGUUCUAUGCGCUCAAUCUACACCUUUGCGACUGUUGAAGAGUUUUGGAGUGUAUUCAACAACAUACGUCAACCAAGUCAGCUGGCUGUGGGAACUGACCUCUAUUGUUUCAAAUAUAAGAUUGAGCCUAAAUGGGAGGACCCUGUUUGUUCAAAUGGGGGGAAUUGGACUGCAACAUUUCCUACUAAAGGGAGGUCUGAUAAGUACUGGCUGUAUACGUUGUUGGCUAUGAUUGGGGAGCAGUUUGAUCAUGGAGAUGAAAUUUGCGGAGCAGUUGUCAAUGUUAGAGGUAGGCAAGAAAGAAUAUCUCUCUGGACAAAGAAUGCUUCAAAUGAAGCUGCUCAGUUGAGCAUCGGAAAGCAAUGGAAGAAGUUUAUUGAUCACAAUGACAAUAUUGGGUUCAUAUUUCAUGAGGAUGCAAAAUUGUUUGACAAGAAUGCUAAGAGUAAGUACACUAUAUGAGUUGUAUAGUCUCAGUCUCUAGCAUAUGACACUGGAUGAAGGCUUUUCUUUAUGUAAUGGCAGCUCAGAUCGCAUUCUAGAUAAUUUUGGACUUCUUCAUGGAUGUAGUCCUGCCUGCUUAGUGUUUUGGCAAAUUUUCUUUUAAGUAAAGUUUCAUGAAUAGCCAAAUUGUGUUGUUUUGUAAUGUAUAACUGUAAAAAUCUGUACAGAAACGGUAGACAUGGUUGCUUUAAAAAAAAUACUACAAUUGUCUAUCA